AUGUGCUUGUGUGUAGAACUAAUUGAUAACAUUUGCGUCAAGAUUUUGUUGUGUAGUUUCAUGGAGAAGAGUACUCCAGACCUAGAAAAUUGUCAUGAUGAAAACAUGAUCAAUGAUUUACCCAGCGAUUUGCUUGUAAAAAUAUUGUCCCUUCUCCCAACAAAAGAUGCAGUGGCCACAAUGGUUUUAUCAAAACAGUGGUUGUCUGUUUGGACAAUGGUGCCGAUUCUCACGUACAAAGAGAGCAACAAUAUUUCUGAAGGUGAACAUAAAAGUGUGUGGCAUUUUCUUGAUAUGUCAUUGAAAUUCCACAAGGCACCUAUCUUAGAAUUUUUUGAUGUAGAACUCGGUCCACAAUGUCCUGUUGAUGUUGAUGUUGGAAAGUGGAUUAUAAAUGCUGUUGAUCGCAAAGUGAGCAAACUAAGGUUCGAGCUCAAAUGGUCAGCAAAGCCUAUCAACUUGCCUAAGAGCCUCUACACAUGUGAUACACUUGUCUUUUUGAGUCUUUCCGACAUGAUCUUCGUGGAUAUUGUUUGUCCGGCUUUCCUCCCAUCCCUCAAAACUCUUUACCUCAUACAUGUCGUGUAUAAAGACGAAGAUUCUCUUAUUAUGCUUUUAUCGAGUUGUCCUCUUCUCAAACUUUUAUUAAUGGCACGAUAUAAGGAAGACAAUUUGAAAAAUGUCAAACUUAAAGUAUCUUCUCUAGAAAACUUGUUCUAUAGGCAUGAACGUGAUGAUGAUGUAGAAGAUAUUCAGGUAUCUUUGGUUAUCAAUUCUCCUAGAUUAAAGAAAAUUUUCAUACGGGAUCCUUCCGGAGCCUCUUGCUCGAUUGAAAAUACAGAUCGCCUUAAUAAGGCAACUAUAUUUUCUUGUCAAACUGAUGACAAUUUUAUGAGAUAUCCUUCUUCGCUCGUAUGUCUUAAUAUAGUUUUGAAUAUAACAACGGACGAUCCAUAUGAUGAUGUCCCCAUUUCUUGGAAUCAUCCUGCAUCUGUUCCCAAUUGCUUGUUGACCCAUCUUGAGAUCUUUGAAUGGGAUGCUUAUGGAGGAAGAAGUGAAGAGAAGGAACUUAUGAGAUACAUCCUUGGCAACUCUUUGCGUUUAAAAAGAAUUGCAAUCUCCAUUAAAUCAACAAGUAAACUUGAAUAUAGAGAGAAGAUGAUGGAUGAGUUAAAAUCUAUGUCCAGAAUUUCAGAAUCUUCUCAGCUUAUGUUCAACACAAAACUUGUGCAAAAAGAACGUGUAAUGCAUGUUAAACCAGAAUAA